AUACCCCACACUUUUUUGAGCUCGGUCCCAGUCGGUUAAUUGCGGUGUAGCAGGGAUUAGACCCACCUGUUCAGCUGCUCCUGGUCCAAGGUGCCAAAUCUCCACCGAAACUCAAGAUGACUCACCAGUACCCAUCCCUCUCUCCGGAGCAGAAGCAGGAGCUGGCCUCCAUUGCCCAGCGUAUUGUCGCUCCUGGCAAGGGCAUCCUCGCUGCUGAUGAGUCCACUGGCACCAUGGGCAAGCGCCUGCAGAAGAUCAACGUGGAGAACAACGAGGAGAACCGCCGCUACUUCCGCGACCUCCUCUUCUCCGUCGACCCCUCCAUCUCCGAGUGCGUGGGCGGCGUCAUCUUCUUCCACGAGACGCUCUACCAGAAAUCCGACAAGGGCGUCCUCUUCCCCCAGGUCGUCAAGGACAAGGGCAUCGUCGUUGGCAUCAAGGUAGACAAAGGCACAGCUGGUCUGAAUGGCACAGAUGGCGAGACAACCACACAAGGUCUUGAUGGCCUGUCUGAGCGUUGCGCACAGUACAAGAAAGAUGGCGCAGACUUCGCCAAGUGGCGCUGUGUGAUCAAGAUCUCAGACGGCUGCCCGUCCGCUCUCGCCAUUGCAGAGAACGCCAACGUCCUCGCCAGAUACGCCAGCAUCUGCCAACAGAAUGGUCUCGUGCCCAUUGUGGAGCCAGAGAUCCUCCCCGACGGAGACCACGACCUGCAGAGGUGUCAGUACGUCACAGAGAAGGUUCUUGCCGCCACGUACAAGGCCCUGAACGACCACCACGUCUACCUGGAAGGCACCCUGCUCAAGCCCAACAUGGUCACCGCCGGACACUCCUGCCCCAAGAAGUUCACGCCACAGGAGGUCGCCAUGGCAACAGUGACGGCCCUCAGACGCACCGUGCCCUCUGCAGUUCCCGGCAUCUGCUUCCUGUCCGGCGGCCAGAGCGAGGAGGAGGCCUCGGUCCACCUGAACGCCAUUAACCAGGUGCCCCUGCACCGGCCCUGGAAGCUGACCUUCUCCUAUGGCCGCGCCCUGCAGGCCUCCGCCCUCGCCGCAUGGCAAGGCAAGCCCGCCAACAAGCAGGCCGCCCAGGACGCCUUCUGCACCCGCGCCAAGAUUAAUGGACUAGCCUCCAAGGGAGAGUACAAACCCUCUGGCCAGACUGACGCUGCUGCUUCACAGUCCCUCUACACAGCCAGCUACGUCUAUUAAAACUCUUGUGCCUUACUUGAUCUGUGCAAUUGCACAUGGGUUAAACCUGCUAAAAAUGUGCCGACCAAAAUCCCUCACCCCCAACCCCCUCUUUAAAAAAAAAGAAGAAAAAUAAACAAAAAAUAAUUUCUA